ACGGGCACGGUCAUCCCGGCCAGGCCCGGCUCCAGCAGCCCCACGGCCGCCGCCGAAGUUCUGCGCGGCCCGUCGCCCCGGCGGAGCCUCUGGCAGGCCCCUGAGCUGGUUUUUUGGGGCCUGGCUGGGGGAGGAGGAAGCCGAGCAGGAGGGCUCUGGAGAGGGAGGGCAACGCGGGGCGGGGAGCCACCGCCUUCCUCAUAAACAGGCGGGCGUGGGCGCCGACGGGGCCCCCGGGGAGCCCUGGCUGAGGGCGGUGAGCUGAGCUAGAUCCCGGGGAGCUGUGGCCGGCGCCCCUGCCGGUUCCCUGAGCAGCGGACGUUCGUGCUGGGAGGGCGGCGGGUUGGAAGCAGGGGCCACCAUGGCUAGUGGCAGCUGUCAGGGGUGCGAGGAGGACGAGGAAACUCUGAAGAAGUUGAUAGUCAGGCUGAACAAUGUCCAGGAAGGUAAACAGAUAGAAACGCUGGUCCAAAUCCUGGAGGAUCUGCUGGUGUUCACGUACUCCGAGCACGCCUCCAAGUUAUUUCAAGGCAAAAAUAUCCAUGUGCCUCUGUUGAUCGUCUUGGACUCGUAUAUGAGAGUCGCGAGUGUGCAGCAGGUGGGUUGGUCACUUCUGUGCAAAUUAAUAGAAAUCUGCCCGGGUACAAUGCAAAGCUUAAUGGGACCCCAGGAUGUUGGAAAUGAUUGGGAAGUCCUUGGUGUUCACCAAUUGAUUCUUAAAAUGCUAACAGUUCAUAAUGCCAGUGUAAACUUGUCAAUGAUUGGACUGAAGACCUUAGAUCUCCUCCUAACUUCAGGUAAAAUCACCUUACUGAUAUUGGAUGAAGAAAGUGAUAUUUUCAUGUUAAUUUUUGAUGCCAUGCACUCAUUUCCAGCCAAUGAUGAAAUCCAGAAACUUGGAUGCAAAGCUUUACAUGUGCUGUUUGAAAGAGUCUCAGAGGAGCAACUAACUGAAUUUGUUGAGAACAAAGAUUAUAUGAUAUUGUUAAGUGCGUUAACAAAUUUUAAAGAUGAAGAGGAAAUUGUGCUUCAUGUACUGCAUUGUUUACAUUCCCUAGCAAUUCCUUGCAAUAAUGUGGAAGUCCUCAUGAGUGGCAAUGUCAGGUGUUAUAAUAUUGUGGUGGAAGCUAUGAAAGCAUUCCCUAUCAGUGAAAAAAUUCAAGAAGUGAGUUGCUGUUUGCUCCAUAGGCUUACAUUAGGUAAUUUUUUUAAUAUCCUGGUAUUAAACGAAGUCCAUGAAUUUGUGGUGAAAGCUGUGCAGCGGUACCCAGAGAACGCAGCAUUACAGAUCUCAGCGCUCAGCUGUUUGGCCCUCCUCACUGAGACCAUUUUCUUAAAUCAAGAUUUAGAGGAAAAGAAUGAGAAUCAAGAGAAUGAUGAUGAGGGGGAAGAAGUUAAAUUGUUUUGGCUGGAAGCCUGUUACAAAGCGUUAACGUGGCAUAGAAAGAACAAGCACGUGCAGGAGGCUGCAUGCUGGGCACUAAAUAAUCUCCUUAUGUACCAAAACAGUUUACAUGAGAAGAUUGGAGAUGAAGAUGGCCAUUUCCCAGCUCAUAGGGAAGUGAUGCUGUCCAUGCUGAUGCAUUCAUCAUCAAAGGAAGUUUUCCAGGCAUCUGCUAAUGCAUUGUCAACUCUUUUAGAACAAAAUGUUAAUUUCAGAAAAAUCCUGUUAUCAAAAGGAAUAUACCUGAAUGUUUUGGAGUUAAUGCAGAAGCAUAUACAUUCUCCUGAAGUGGCUGAAAGUGGCUGUAAAAUGCUAAAUCAUCUUUUUGAAGGAAGCAACACAUCCCUGGAUACAAUGGCAGCAGUGCUCCCCAAAAUAAUAACAGUUAUGAAAAGUCAUGAGACAUCAUUACCAGUGCAGCUGGAGGCGCUUCGAGCUAUUUUACAUUUUAUAGUGCCAGGCAUGCCAGAAGAAUCCAGAGAGGAUGCAGAAUCUCAUCGUAAGCUAAAUAUGGUUAAAAAACAGUGUUUCAAGAAUGAUAUUCACAAACUGGUCCUAGCAGCUUUGAACAGGUUCAUUGGAAAUCCUGGGAUUCAGAAAUGUGGAUUAAAAGUAAUUUCUUUUAUUGCACAUUUUACUGAUGCAUUAGGGGUGUUAUCCCUGGAAGGUGCUGUGGAUUCAGUGCUUCACACACUGCAGAUGUAUCCAGAUGACCAAGAAAUUCAGUGUCUGGGUUUAAGUCUUAUAGGAUGCUUGAUUACAAAGAAGAAUUUAUGCAUAGGAACUGGACAUCUGCUGGCAAAAAUUCUGGCUUCCAGCUUAUACCGAUUUAAGGAUGUUGCUGAAGUACAGACUGAAGGAUUUCAGACAAUCUUAGCAAUCCUCAAAUUGUCAGCAUCUUUUUCUAAGCUGCUGGUGCAUCAUUCGUUUGACUUAGUAAUAUUCCAUCAAAUGUCUUCCAGUAUCAUGGAACAAAAGGAUCAACAGUUUCUAAACCUCUGUUGCAAGUGUUUUGCAAAAGUAGCUAUGGAUGAUGACUUAAAAAAUAUGAUGCUAGAGAGAGCGUGUGAUCAGAAUAACAGCAUCAUGGUUGAAUGCUUGCUUCUAUUAGGAGCAGAUGCCAAUCAAGCAAAGGAGGGAACUUCUUUAAUUUGUCAGGUAUGUGAGAAAGAGAGCAGUCCCAAAUUGGUGGAACUCUUAUUGAAUAGUGGAUCUCGUGAACAAGAUGUACGAAAAGCGCUGACAAUAAGCAUUGGGAAAGGCGACAGCCAGAUCAUCAGCUUGCUCUUAAGGAGGCUGGCCCUGGACAUGGCCAACAAUAGCAUUUGCCUUGGAGGGUUUUGUAUAGGAAAAGUUGAACCUUCUUGGCUUGGUCCUUUAUUUCCAGAUAAGACUUCUAAUUUAAGGAAACAAACAAAUAUAGCAUCUACACUAGCAAGAAUGGUGAUCAGAUAUCAGAUGAAAAGUGCCAUGGAAGAAGGAGCAGCCUCAGGCAGUGAUGGAAAUUUUUCUGAAGAUGUGCUGUCUAAAUUUGAUGAAUGGACCUUUAUUCCUGACUCUUCUAUGGACAGUGUCUUUGCUCAAAGUGAUGAUCUAGAUAGUGAAGGAAGUGAAGGCUCAUUUCUUGUGAAAAAGAAAUCAAAUUCAAUUAGUGUAGGAGAAUUUUACCGAGAUGCCGUAUUACAACGUUGCUCACCAAAUUUGCAAAGGCAUUCCAGUUCCUUGGGGCCCAUUUUUGAUCAUGAAGAUUUACUGAGAAGAAAAAGAAAAAUAUUAUCUUCAGAUGAUUCACUCAGGUCAUCAAAACUUCAAUCCCAUAUGAGGCAUUCAGACAGCAUUUCUUCUCUGGCUUCUGAGAGAGAAUAUAUUACAUCACUAGACCUUUCAGCAAAUGAACUAAGAGAUAUUGAUGCCCUAAGCCAGAAAUCCUGUAUAAGUGGUCAUUUGGAGCAUCUUGAAAAGCUGGAGCUUCACCAGAAUGCACUCACGAGCUUUCCACAACAGCUAUGUGAAACUCUGAAGAGUUUGACACAUUUGGACUUGCACAGUAAUAAAUUUACAUCAUUUCCUUCUUACUUGUUGAAAAUGAGUUGUGUUGCUAACCUUGAUGUCUCUCGAAAUGACAUUGGACCCUCAGUGGUUUUAGAUCCUGCAGUGAAAUGUCCAACUCUGAAACAGUUUAACCUGUCAUAUAACCAGCUGUCUUCUGUUCCUGAGAACCUUGCUGAUGGGAUAGAGAAACUGGAGCAGCUCAUUUUAGAAGGAAAUAAAAUAUCAGGGAUAUGCUCCCCCUUGAGACUGAAGGAACUGAAGAUUUUAAACCUUAGUAAAAACCACAUUUCAUCCCUAUCAGAGAACUUUCUUGAGGCUUGUCCUAAAGUGGAGAGUUUCAGUGCCAGAAUGAAUUUUCUUGCUGCUAUGCCUUUCUUGCCUCCUUCCAUGACAAGCCUAAAAUUAUCUCAAAACAAAUUUACAUGUAUUCCAGAAGCAAUUUUAAAUCUUCCACACUUGCGGUCUUUAGAUAUGAGCAGCAAUGAUAUUCAAUAUCUACCAGGUCCUGCACACUGGAAAUCUUUGAACUUAAGGGAACUCUUAUUUAGCCAUAAUCAGAUCAGCAUCUUGGACUUGAGUGAAAAAGCGUAUUUAUGGUCUAGAGUAGAGAAACUGCAUCUUUCUCACAAUAAACUGAAAGAGAUUCCUCCUGAGAUUGGCUGUCUUGAAAAUCUGACAUCUCUGGAUGUCAGUUACAACUUGGAACUAAGAUCCUUUCCCAAUGAAAUGGGGAAAUUAAGCAAAAUAUGGGAUCUUCCUUUGGAUGAACUGCGUCUUAACUUUGAUUUUAAACAUAUAGGAUGUAAAGCCAAAGACAUCAUAAGGUUUCUUCAGCAGCGGUUAAAAAAGGCUGUGCCCUAUAACCGAAUGAAACUUAUGGUUGUUGGAAAUACUGGGAGUGGUAAAACCACCUUGUUGCAGCAAUUAAUGAAAACCAAGAAAUCAGAUCUUGGAAUGCAAAGUGCCACAGUUGGCAUAGAUGUGAAAGACUGGCCUAUCCAAAUAAGAGGCAAAAGAAAGAGAGAUCUCGUUCUGAAUGUGUGGGAUUUUGCAGGUCGUGAGGAAUUCUAUAGCACUCAUCCUCAUUUUAUGACGCAGCGAGCAUUGUACCUUGCUGUCUAUGACCUUAGCAAAGGACAGGCUGAAGUUGAUGCCAUGAAGCCUUGGCUCUUCAAUAUAAAGGCUCGCGCUUCUUCUUCCCCUGUGAUUCUCGUUGGCACACAUUUGGAUGUUUCUGAUGAGAGGCAGCGCAAAGCCUGCAUAGGUAAAAUCACCAAGGAACUCCUGAAUAAGCGAGGGUUCCCUGCUAUACGAGAUUACCACUUUGUGAAUGCCACCGAGGAAUCUGAUGCUUUGGCAAAACUUCGGAAAACCAUCAUAAACGAGAGCCUUAAUUUCAAGAUCCGAGAUCAGCCUGUUGUUGGACAGCUGAUUCCAGACUGCUAUGUAGAACUUGAGAAAAUCAUUUUAUCGGAGCGUAAAAAUGUGCCAAUUGAAUUUCCUGUAAUUGACCAGAAACGAUUAUUACAACUAGUGAGAGAAAAUCAGUUGCAGUUAGAUGAAAAUGAGCUUCCUCACGCAGUUCACUUUCUAAAUGAAUCAGGAGUCCUUCUUCAUUUUCAAGACCCAGCACUGCAGUUAAGUGACUUGUAUUUUGUGGAACCCAAGUGGCUUUGUAAAAUCAUGGCACAGAUUUUGACAGUGAAAGUGGAAGGUUGUCCAAAACACCCUAAGGGAAUUAUUUCACGUAGAGAUGUGGAAAAAUUUCUUUCGAAGAAAAGGAGAUUUCCAAAGAACUACAUGUCACAGUAUUUUAAGCUCCUAGAAAAAUUCCAGAUUGCUUUGCCAAUAGGAGAAGAAUAUUUGCUGGUUCCAAGCAGUUUGUCUGACCACAGGCCUGUGAUAGAGCUUCCCCAUUGUGAGAACUCUGAAAUUAUCAUCCGACUAUAUGAAAUGCCUUAUUUUCCAAUGGGAUUUUGGUCGAGGUUAAUCAAUCGAUUACUUGAGAUUUCACCUUACAUGCUUUCAGGGAGAGAACGAGCACUUCGCCCAAACAGAAUGUAUUGGCGACAAGGCAUCUACUUAAAUUGGUCUCCUGAAGCUUAUUGUCUGGUAGGAUCUGAAGUCUUAGACAAUCACCCAGAGAGUUUCUUAAAAAUUACAGUUCCUUCUUGUAGAAAAGGCUGUAUUCUUUUGGGCCAAGUUGUGGACCACAUUGAUUCUCUCAUGGAGGAAUGGUUUCCUGGGUUGCUGGAGAUUGAUAUUUGUGGUGAAGGAGAAACUCUGUUGAAGAAAUGGGCAUUAUAUAGUUUUAAUGAUGGUGAAGAGCAUCAAAAAAUCUUACUUGAUGACUUGAUGAAGAAAGCAGAGGAAGGAGAUCUCUUAGUAAAUCCAGAUCAACCAAGGCUCACCAUUCCAAUAUCUCAGAUUGCCCCUGACUUGAUUUUGGCUGACCUGCCUAGAAAUAUUAUGUUGAAUAAUGAUGAGCUGGAAUUUGAACAAGCUCCAGAGUUUCUCCUAGGUGAUGGCAGUUUUGGAUCAGUUUAUCGAGCAGCCUAUGAAGGAGAAGAAGUGGCUGUGAAGAUUUUUAAUAAACACACAUCACUUAGGCUGUUAAGACAAGAGCUGGUGGUGCUUUGCCACCUCCACCACCCCAGUUUGAUAUCUUUGCUGGCAGCUGGUAUUCGUCCCCGGAUGUUGGUGAUGGAGUUAGCCUCCAAGGGUUCCUUGGAUCGCCUGCUUCAGCAGGACAAAGCCAGCCUCACUAGAACCCUACAGCACAGGAUUGCACUCCAUGUGGCUGAUGGUUUGAGAUACCUCCAUUCAGCCAUGAUUAUAUACCGAGACUUGAAGCCCCACAAUGUGCUGCUUUUCACACUGUAUCCCAAUGCUGCCAUCAUUGCAAAGAUUGCUGACUACGGCAUUGCUCAGUACUGCUGUAGAAUGGGGAUAAAAACGUCAGAGGGCACACCAGGGUUUCGUGCACCUGAAGUUGCCAGAGGAAAUGUCAUUUAUAAUCAACAAGCUGAUGUUUAUUCAUUUGGUUUGCUACUCUAUGACAUUUUGACAACUGGAGGUAGAAUAGUAGAGGGUUUGAAGUUUCCAAAUGAGUUUGAUGAAUUAGCAAUACAAGGAAAAUUACCUGAUCCAGUUAAAGAAUAUGGUUGUGCCCCAUGGCCUAUGGUUGAGAAAUUAAUUACAAAGUGUUUGAAAGAAAAUCCUCAAGAAAGGCCUACUUCUGCCCAGGUCUUUGACAUUUUGAAUUCAGCUGAAUUAGUCUGUCUGACGAGACACAUUUUAUUACCUAAAAACGUAAUUGUUGACUGCAUGGUUGCUACACAUCACAACAGCAGGAAUGCAAGCAUUUGGCUGGGCUGUGGGCACACCAACAGAGGACAGCUCUCAUUUCUUGACUUAAAUACUGAAGGAUACACUUCUGAGGAGGUUGCUGAUAGUAGAAUAUUGUGCUUAGCCUUGGUGCAUCUUCCUGUUCAAAAAGAAAGCUGGAUUGUGUCCGGGACACAGUCUGGUACUCUCCUGGUCAUCAAUACCGAAGAUGGGAAAAAGAGACAUACCCUAGAAAAGAUGACUGAUUCCAUCACUUGUUUGUAUUGCAAUUCCUUUUCCAAGCAAAGCAAACAAAAAAAUUUUCUUUUGGUUGGAACCGCUGAUGGCAAUUUAGCAAUUUUUGAAGAUAAAACUGUUAAGCUUGAAGGAGCUGCUCCUUUGAAGAUACUAAAUAUAGGAAAUGUCAGUACUCCAUUGAUGUGUUUGAGUGAAUCCACAAAUUCAACAGAAAGAAAUGUAAUGUGGGGAGGAUGUGGCACAAAGAUUUUCUCCUUUUCUAAUGAUUUCACCAUUCAGAAACUCAUUGAGACAAGAACAAGCCAACUGUUCUCAAGUGAUUCUAAAGUAUAUUCGAGGUUAAGAUAUACUGCAGACUGCAAUGUAUUGUUUUCUUACGCAGCUUUCAGUGAUUCCAACAUCGUAACAGUGGUGGUAGACACUGUUCUCUAUAUUGCUAAGAAAAAUAGCCCUGUUGUGGAAGUGUGGGAUAAGAAAACUGAAAAACUCUGCGAACUAAUAGACUGUGUGCAUUUUUUAAGGGAGGUAAUGGUAAAAGUAAACAAGGAAUCAAAACACAAAAUGUCUUAUUCUGGGAGAGUGAAAGCUCUCUGCCUUCAGAAGAACACUGCUCUUUGGAUAGGAACUGGAGGAGGCCAUAUUUUACUCCUGGAUCUUUCAACUCGUCGAGUUAUACGUAUAAUUUACAACUUUUGUGAUUCGGUCAGAGUCAUGAUGACAGCACAGCUAGGGAGCCUUAAAAAUGUCAUGCUGGUAUUGGGCUAUAACCGGAAAAGUACUGAAGGUACACAACAGCAGAAAGAGAUACAAUCUUGCUUGACUGUUUGGGACAUCAAUCUUCCACAUGAAGUGCAAAAUUUAGAAAAACACAUUGAAGUGAGAAAAGAAUUAGCUGAAAAAAUGAGAGGAACAUCUAUUGAAUAAGAGAGAAACAGGAAUUGUCUUUGGAUAGGAAAAUUAUUCUCUUGUAAAUAUUUAUUUAAAAAUGUUCACAUGAAAAGGGUACUCACAUUUUUUGAAAUAGCUCAUGUGUAUAUGAAGGAAUGUUAUAUUUUUAAUUUAAAUAUAUGUAAAAAUACUUACCAGUAAACAUAUAUUUUAAAGAACUAUUUAAAACACAAUGUUGUAUUUCUUAUGAAUACCAGUUACUUUUGUGCAUUAAUUAAUGAAAAUAAAUCUGUGAAAUACCUAAUUUAAGUACUCAUACUAAAAUUUAUAAGGCCGAUAAUUUUUUGUUUUCUUGUCUGUAAUGAAGAUAAACUUUAUUUUAAAUUCUAUGCUUAAGACAAGACUAUUGCUUGUUGAUUUUUCUAGAAAUCCGCAAGGUAGAAUGAAAAUAUUAAGACAGUUUCCCGUGUAAUGUAUUCCCUCUUAGAUUGCUUUGAAAUGCACUAUCAUAUAUGCUUGCAAAUAUUCAAAUGAAUUUGCACUAAUAAAUUCCUUUGUUGGUAUGUGAAUUCUCUUUGUUGCUGUUGCAGACAGUGCAUCUUACACAACUUCACUCAAUCCAAAAGAAAACUCCAUUAAAAGUACUAA